AUGUAUGAAACGGAACCCGCAUGGGCCGGAUUUGCUCGUGAGAAGAGCGAGAGGGCCAGGUCGAUGACGCCUGGAUAUCGCGCCCAAUCCGAGCCUGGUGAGACCUGGUCGUAUGAGUAUCAACGUGAUCAGCGAGGUGGCAGCAAGACCCCGGCCAGGGAUCCAGACUGGAGAGAGUUCCAGGAAAAGACUAAAACCUAUGUGCACGAUAACAAGGGAGGUGGCACUCCUUAUUGGGCGCACGCCGAGUUCAACCAGCCAAACCAUCAGCACCAUGGUUAUAGGGAGAAGACUCCGAAAGGCUACGAGUGCGGCGGUAUGGACUUCCGCGGGGACAUCCACUUCGAUCCGCCUGGCCCUUAUGACUACGUGUACACCAAACGCCAGACGGAGGAAAAGCGAGUUCCCCGCGGUUACGAGAUUGGUGGUACCGAUUUCGGAACCGGAUAUGUGGCUCCUGGACCGUACCAUGGGCAUGGACCCGAUCCACCAAGGAGGAGGUCGAAGUAUACCGCUGAUCCGCAUGCACCGGUUAACGUUGCGCUCGCUCCGAAUGUGGACUCGGUUGAUCCGCAUCUGCUGGUCGGUGACACCGUGUCCAACAUGAGGGCGGGACGCGAUAGAAGAGAUGGUCGCCAAGAUGACUCGAUGGGGACGGCCUUCCGCCCGACCGAAGGCUUCAAGAGGGAUCACCAUACGACCCGCCGCAGGGCCGAGACGCACAACGAUAAUACGUUCUGUACCAAUUACACGAGGAGGUCGAGGAGUGCUUCUGCUCCGAGGUCCAGCGCCCCACCCGAGCAGCGUGACGUUUGGCGCAACCGUGAAAACGUCGACCCGCAUCCCUACUAUGGACCCGACAAGACGACCUGGACUCGCGAGCCGAAUUGGACUCGUACGGUCAAUGAGCGCCGUGGCGCCUGGGAGCACAAGGCCUGGGAUAACGAUGCGAGGCUAGCCCUCCCCGCCUCGGCUAAAGUGCCAGCUGAUGCCCCGCCACACUGGGCCUCCAACGCCCAGCAGAAGCAAAACGUUUGGCAGGGAGCUGCUGGGCAGCUCGGCUCCAACUCCUCGUACACCUACCAUCAGAGUCAGCCGGUGAACACCCAUUACACCUACUCCCAGAGCUCUACUGGACCGGUACAGACCCAGCAAUCGGCUACAAACUACAACUACUCCCAUAACGCUGAUGGUUCGACUAAUGCCGACUAUGUUGCAAAUACUGGCUUCAACAAGACGCAGUUCGACUAUUUGGAGGAACGCCGUAACAAGUACGGACCGGGUGGGCAUGGUGGCGGACAUUAUCAACAGCAGUAUACCACCAACUCUACGUCGACGGCGCCCUUCGGCCACCGCAGCGCCUUUCGGGCGUACAGCCGCGAAAAUUUGUACGACCAGGACCCGCACCGCCAAAAACUGCUAGAUCUCACCACCCAAAACCAGCAACCACAGAUGCAGCAUCAGAAUUUUUCUUCCUACAGCCAGCAGCAACAACAGCACCAGCAGCAUCAAGAACAGCGUGAGACCAGGAGGACAACUACGACUACUACAAAGACUCAGAAUGCUCCAGUGACUCGGACCACUACCUACUCGUACUCCCAGCAACCCGCCAAGACCCCGCCUCCCCAAGCUAUUCUACAGACCCAGUCGACCACUACGCAUACCGUCAAGGACUCCACGCAAGCCGCUCCAGCCCAAAAUUAUCAGCAGCAGCAACAACAGCAACAGUACUACCAGGAGCGUCGUGAGGAAAAAUCCCGCAACGAGCACGUCCGCCCGGCCCAGUGGUGGGAGCAGCAGCAACAGCAGAGGAAAGAAACGAAAACCACCCGCGAAGAAACCGUCCGACCACAACAGGUGCAGCAGCAAUGGCAUGAGCAGCGUCAUAGCAGGAGGGAAGAGACUCGCACCGAAACCACCCGCUCGCCUCAACCACCGCCAGUUCAACAACAACAGUACUGGCAGCAGCAACAGCAGACCCAAAGGGAGGAGAAAACCACCGAAACUCACAAGCCGCAACCAGUCGUCCAGCCAGUUCAACAACAGCAGCAGUACUGGCAGCAGCAGCGGGAGACGCGGCGUGAGGAGAAAACCACCGAAACCCAUCAGCCAUCCCCACAACCAGUUGCCUUCCAGCAGCAAUGGCAACAGCAACAGUCGAGGCGUGAGGAGAAGACCACCGAAACUCAUCAGCCCUCUCCACAACCUCCUCAGGUCUACCAGCAGCAGUGGCAGCAACAGCAGCGUCGCGAGGAGAAAACGACCCGCGAAGAAACUCGCCCAGCCCAGCCGGUUGUUCAGCAAUACCAGGCCCAGCAGCAGUACAACAAGAAAACCGAGACCCGUCAUGAGCAUCGGCAAACGACUCCUCUGGCACCAGUGACGACCGUCACUACGGUAUCGGGCCCGCCAGUAGACAGGAAGUUGGAAAUGUCGGAGACGCUACCGCUUGGAACCGAAGAGGAGCGCCGCGUCGUCGAGAACGAAGCUGGAGCGGGCGUAUUGGGUCCAGGACAGCACUAUUCCAAAAGUUCCCCAAACGUCCACACCGAGACCGACUUUGAGAACUUUAGAAGGGAUGUGGACUUCAUCCCCCACAACAUGGCCAAGAUGCCUAGCACCGUGAAAGGCCAGUUCAACGAGUGGACGGAUGGCAGAUUUGCACAUGAAAUCGAAAAUGAACACAAUCAAUCGCUGGGCUCAAAUUUUUACCAUCGUGAGUACCAGCACUACAAUCACCCCGAAAUCACAGCUCCGGCUCCCCGUCGCCCAACCGAUCUCCAGAAUUCGAGCGUCAUUUUGAAGCCACGAAAUUUGAAGACGAAAAAUACAUCUUCGAACCAGCAGCACUUCACAAGCUCCGGCCAGGAGAGGUACCCACACGCUCGGCCACUGCAGCUCGAGAUUUCUGGAGAGAGCAGGAGAACCGGAUAUCAUGCAGCUCAUGCUAUCCCCUCCGAAAAAUACCAGAAAUUCGGCGCCCCGGUCUUCACAGCCGAGCUGGAGGUGACGCAACCGGAGUUUGAGCAUGAGUACGAGCACCAAGAACAUUACGAUGGCUACCUGGAGAUGCAGCCCCGACUCCCUUCCAACAGCUACCCUCACGAUCCAUCAAACGCCCAGGAAUACCACGGCGAGGGAUCUGUAGAAGCUAGGAGGACAAAGAGCUCCACCCCUUCAAAACGCUCAAAAUCAGAGCCACGGUCGAUGAAUGGAUCUUUUAUCGAUGAGUCCGCUAUGCGAAAUGUUGGGGAAUCCGGAAAAGUUGUCAGCAUCCCGACGCUGCUAGACGGGUCUGCCCUCAAGAUCAAGCAGUACAAGACGGUACCCUACUGGUACGAAAAAUCGCUGAGCCGUCAUCAAAGCUGGAAAAACAUUCGUGACCCUUACGUUGCGCCCAGGACCGGAGCCGACCGAUCGAAGCCCUACUGGGCCGACCGGAGCUGGAUGCGGAAAAAUGUUUGGCAAGAACAGCUGCGAGGGCACCAGAAUAAGAUUGUCCAAAUCACCUCCGACCAUUUCCGGGCGGACCCGAACCCGGUGUACGUCUACACUCAUAAUAAAUAUACCGCCCAUGGUGGAUGGCCUACGGUAGCCAGCCAUGUCGCCAGCUUCCGGAGUCAACCGAAUCUCGAGAGAAGCGGACAGGAAGAGCCCAGAUACCGAUUUGCGCCUCAGAACGAUCAUGCGAAUACCGUAACCGGGACAAUCGGAACCCGGGUGAAAGUCGAUCAGCAAGAGCGGAAUGUUGAUAUCGGUGCGAGCCAGUGGAGGCACGAGGACCGGAGAUCGAAGAGUCGGUCGAGGAGCGGCUCUGAGGUGGGA